UGAUAAUUUGUAUUUAAUUAGGCAGAAACAAAGAUGUCAGCUGAGAAGCGACCAUGUAGUGCAGAUAAUUCGGAAGCUGAUGAGGGUGAUGGUUGGAUCGGUCCAAUGCCUUCCGAGGCAGCAAAACAAAAACCUAAAAAACGUAAAGUUUUGGAGUUUGAAUCUCUGUACAUUGAAAACUUACCAUCAUCGGAAACCUACGAACGUAGCUACAUGCAUCGGGAUGUAGUUACUCAUAUUAUUGUGACAAAAACAGAUUUUAUUAUUACUGGAAGCCAGGAUGGACAUCUUAAGUUUUGGAAGAAACAGGAAGAAGGUAUAGAAUUUGUGAAACACUUCAGAUGCCACCUGGCACCAAUUAGCCACAUGUCUGCCAAUAGCACCGGAACUUUGUUGUGUACUGCAUCACCGGAAAAAACUAUUAAAGUGUUUGAUGUUGUUAAUUUUGACAUGAUCAACAUGUUAACAAUACAGUUUGAACCAUACUGCACAGAAUGGGUUCACUCGGCAGGAGAUCCUAUAUCAGCAUUAGCUAUAUCAGAAAAAGGUAGCAACCGAAUACAUGUGUUUGAUGGGACCCAAGUGUCAGGCACACCAUUACAUACAUUCGAGACCAUGCACCAAAGUACAGUCUCCACCAUAAAAUAUAAUCCGGUUUUUGAGACAGCAGUUUCUGUAGAUAAGGCUGGCAUCAUAGAAUACUGGACUGGUCCUAAACACGAAUACAAGUUUCCGAGAAAUGUUAAUUUUGAAUCUAAACUGGACACAGAUUUGUUUGAUUUUGUGAAGAACAAGACAUAUCCCACAGCUCUCGCUUUCUCCCCUGAUGGAAAGAAGAUGGCUUCAAUUGCAUUGGAUAGAAAGGUGCGUGUGUUCCACUUCCUGUCAGGCAAACUCCACAAGGUUCUGGACGAGAGUCUGCAACGCUUCCAGGAGCUGCAGCACCAGACUCAGCAGCUGCCUAACAUGGAGUUCGGCAGGAGAAUGGCAGCGGAACGCGACCUAGAGAAAUCGGACGCGGUGCAUUUCGCCAACGUAUUGUUCGACGAGAGCGGGCACUUUGUUGUGUAUGCCACCAUGUUAGGCGUGAAGUUAGUCAACCUCGUCACCAACCGAUGCGUCGGAAUGCUCGGCAAGCCGGAGAACUUGCGGCCGCUGCAUCUAGCGCUGUUCCAGGGUCGAACUAACCAAUCGAAAGUGGCGUCCACUCUAGAAAUGGAAGGCUCGGAGAAUCCCGCACUUCUAAACGUGAAAACUGACCCCACACUUUUCUGCACGGCUUACAAGAAGAACCGGUUCUAUAUGUUCUCACGGCGCAGCCCCGACGAUAUCAAGAGUCCGGACGCAGACCGGGACAUAUUCAACGAGAAACCUUCUAAAGAAGACAUUAUUUCUGCUACAGAAGGACAAGGUGUCCAACGUCUAUACGAGCAGGCGAUCCUGCACACUUCACUGGGCGACAUCCACGUCCGUAUCUUCGGUAAAGACGUUCCCAGAUCGGCCGAGAAUUUCUGCGUCCACGCCCGCAACGGAUACUACAACGGACACGUGUUCCAUAGAGUCAUUAAAGGGUUCAUGGUGCAGACCGGAGACCCAACGGGUACUGGUACCGGCGGCGAGAGUAUAUGGGGCGGGGAGUUCGCCGAUGAGUUCCGCUCGCACCUGAAGCACGACCGGCCCUACACCGUGAGCAUGGCCAACGCCGGCCCCGACACCAACGGGAGCCAGUUCUUCAUCACCCUGGCCCCUACACCAUGGCUAGACAACAAACACACGGUGUUCGGUCGAGUAGUUCGCGGAAUGGAGGUGGUACAGAACAUUGGCUCGGCCAAAACCAACCCAAAGACUGACAAACCGUACGACGAUAUACGCAUCAUAUCAGUCACUGUCAAAUAAUUUAGCGAAACAUAGAGAAAUUAAAUAGAAAAUCUCAGAAAUAAGAACUUUAGCAUAGUAGUAAUGCUAGACGUUUGAUAGUACACUCCCAUAGACAAUAAAUUAACGAAAAGAUUUCCAAAAUAAGUAUACAUCAUCAUCAGCCUAUUAAUUGUCCCACUGCUGGGGUACAGGCCUUCCAUAUGGAUGGAAUCAGAUUGGGCCACGACCGGUGGGUCAUGGUUAGGUUUGGUUUGGCUUAUUGGCGGGUGCUAACGACUGCAGAUGCCUUUCGAACCUAUACCUAACCUUGCCCUAAACUAACCUAACCACCCGCGCCAUCGAGGUCGUCAAACAAAGUAUUACCUAACCAAAAAGUAUAAGUGGCCCGAGGCAGGUUGCUUGACAUUAUAUCGUUUUUUGAUUCAAACGUAUCAUAAAAGUAAAACCAAGGUAUCCACGAGCCAUACAAAGUUAUCAAAUUUGACGUUACACACGCUGUUCAUAGUGUUACGUGUCGGGAUGGGGUUCGAAAUUAUAUGCCAGUUCACACUUGACAGUACUUUAUUCACCACACAGUUCACACAAUUAACACACAAUGUUAAUAACAAAACACUCACUAAACAAACUAUUUCACUAUACAAGUCUCUAAACAAUCGUACUUGAACACUUUUAUUGCACUUUGAUCGCCUUUGGAUUCGCUCCGAAAUCGCUGUUGAAAUUCAACUGUCUCUGCGCGGCGCCAAUCGCGCUUAUAUACGCCGAUCGAUGCAUUCUAGAAAGUACCUGUUAAAUUGAGAAUUAUUUAGCACCCGCGAGUACGAAGUACCUACUUAUACCUACGCAGGUAACGCGCAUAACUUGUAAACAAGUACAGAUGUCGUUGCACUUUCUCCCUUACGCCGCAUUGCAUAAAGCUCAUUUUAGAAUGAGCCGCAUUACUUGACCUCUAUCGCCACCCGCGGUGAUCUGGCAAAUUCGUUCUCUAGCACUUUCGCGGUUCUGUUUCGAGAGCGUUUGUGACAAUAGUACGGUUCCGAGAUAGAUAACUGUGUGAGUUGUAUUUAAAAAAAAAACUAUUUUCUAUGUUAAGUUCUUGUUCUCAUUAGCAAAUAGGCCAGUUGACAGUACGAAAAAUAAGAACCAAAUGUGGCAACUAUAUUUCACAUGAUUAUUUGCAGCGAUUUUACUAAAAUAGGCUAGCCUUACGAUGACAUAAGCAUCAUAUCAUUCACUGUCAAAUAACUACAAACAAAAGAGAAACGAAAUAGCAAAUUAUUAUAAUGUUACUGCGUGCAGUAGAUGAUGAAGAGCUUAGCGAAUAUGUAUAAUAAUCGUAGACCAUAGAGAACUCCGAUUGUGUCAAGAUGUAGUCAUAAUGCACAAGCGUGUCAAACGCCCCUAAUAGUAAGCCAUAGUCACCCCUGAAGUUGCUUGAUUUUGCCCGCAUGAAAAAUUAUGACAUCACUUCCGGUUUUUAUUUUAGGUGUAAUCAAAUCAAAUGCACCAAAAAAAUGUAUGUGAAACAAAAGUUUAUGAUGAAACGGUGAUGAUAGAAAGGUCAAGGGUCGACAAGCUCUAUUUAUACGCUACCCUGAGUCGACCA